AAACCACGCCUACAGGCACGCCUCCAGCAUCAUCAUGGGCUCUCUAAAGACUAGAACCUUAACUAAAGGACUGUUCCUCGUUGCUUUUUGCUCCCUUACAAUGUUUUUCAUAUACUUUUGUAUGCGCAAGGGUGAUAUGGAGUGUCCUGGUGCCUCUUCGCAUCAUUAUAUCUCUGGCCUAAUGGGACCUAAGUAUUUUAAUUUAAUAUCCAAUGAGACCCAUCCAGACUAUCCACCAUUGAACCAUCAUACAAACUACUCAAGAGACAAAUUCACUAUCAUUAUGCCAACUUAUGGUCGGAGUGCUCAGUUACUCCAGAUUUUGACUCACUAUUGUGGCAUAUCAAAUGUUGCUAAAAUAUUGGUAUUGUGGAAUAAUAUUGGGGUUCCGAUCCCUGGCCCGAUAAAGUAUUUUGAAUGUCAAGUACCGCUGAAGAUAAAGAUUAUGGAAGAGAAUAAGUUAACAUCUCGUUUUAUACCUUACCCUGAAAUAGAGACUGAAGCAAUAUUUGCAGUUGAUGAUGACAGGAUGGUCGACCCUGUUGGUAUGGAAAAGGGUUUUGCAGCAUGGAAGACAUUCUAUCAUCUGAUUGUUGGGUUUUCCAUGAGACACUUUGGGAUGUUAGAAAACGGCCAAUAUAAAUAUUGCAAGAGAAUCGAUUCCUAUUCAAUGAUGCUCACAAACUCUGCAUUCUUACACAGAAUGUAUCUUAAAAUGUUCACAGAGUCCCUUCCACGUUCUAUUUAUGCUUUCAUAGAUGAGAACAUGAAUGGAGAGGAUAUAGCAAUGAAUGCUAUGGUUGCUGACUAUCUUAAAAAGAUAGAUAGACCACAGUGUCCUUGUUUAUGGGUUGAAGCCUCAACUGAAGAGAUACAUAUGAAGGGUCAAUUUGUAAGUCUUUAUGGUCGUGGAGAUCACGUAAAAAAGAGAGAUGAAUGCUUAAACAUGAUAGCUAGUGAAUACAAGUAUAUGCCUUUAAUGCCUUGCAAAUAUGUAGUAUAAGUUAUUUUAUUUUUAUUUUUAAA